AAAGCGCGGAGCAUAUAUGAAAUCGGAUCCGGUAAGGAAUGUUGGUGGUGGUAGAGAAAGGCUGCGAACGCUUCAACGGCAUUGUUUCCCGGUACACUUGUUUCUAGAUCUCAAAACUCGGCUCUUUUCUUCUCUAGGGUUUCCUUCUAGAUCUCCAUCUCUGCUUCAUCCGCUCUUUUCUUCUCUAGGGUUUCCUUCUUUUCUCCUCCUCCUCCUCCUCACUGUUCCAUUUGUUUCUCAAGCAGGGUUAGGGUUCCUCUUUGCAUUAUUAAGAAGAAGAAGAAGAAGGUAUUGGAGAGAAUAACGAAUGGAGCCUUCUUGCUUGUGAUCAGAUAGAUCUUCUCAAGGCUUUCUGAUAGUAGUUGAGACAAAUGAGCGCGACCAGGUUCAUAAAGUGCGUCACCGUGGGUGACGGCGCUGUUGGCAAGACUUGCCUUCUCAUUUCUUACACCAGUAAUACAUUCCCUACGGAUUACGUUCCAACGGUAUUUGAUAAUUUCAGUGCAAAUGUGGUUGUCAAUGGAGCCACCAUCAAUCUUGGAUUGUGGGAUACUGCUGGUCAGGAGGAUUACAACAGAUUAAGACCCUUGAGUUAUCGCGGUGCAGAUGUGUUCAUCUUGGCAUUCUCUCUCAUUAGCAAGGCCAGCUACGAAAAUGUUUCCAAAAAGUGGAUUCCCGAGUUGACACACUAUGCUCCUGGCGUACCUAUUAUUCUCGUUGGAACUAAACUUGAUCUUCGUGAUGAUGAACAGUUCUUCAUCGACCAUCCUGGUUCAGUGCCAAUUACAACUGCUCAGGGGGAGGAACUAAAGGAUCUUAUCAAUUCACCUUCUUACAUUGAAUGUAGUGCAAGAACACAACUGAAUAUUAAAGGUGUAUUUGAUGCUGCCAUCAAAGUUGUGCUGCAGCCACCAAAACAGAAGAAGAAAAAGUCGAAAGCCCAGAAAGUUUGCUCCAUAUUGUGAAGCAAGAAUUGCUCAGCCUUGUUCCUAGUCACCAUAACAGUCUUCCCCAUCAUUAGUUUAACUCUUGAAGAAGUUCUCCAAUUGUGUGAGAAAACAAGUCCAAGCCUCUCUGAUCCAAUUCAUUUGGUAGCUACUGUACUUGGGUUUUAAUCCUAGUUCAUGAAAGUCGUUGUUUCAUUCACAUUUUUCGAUAAUUUUCCCUCGGUUUUAUUGCUAGAAAAAAGUGUGUUCCUGAAUUGGGUGAGUUUUUACUGUGUUGUGUUUGUUCAUUCUUCAGCUAAUUUGAAGAUACAAUCAGUGAUUGUUAUGGGCAAAUAACAAUAUAUUGAAAUGUUACAUCUUUUUCUCUAUUAUUCAGAUAUCUUAAAA